AUGAGAUCUCAGUUGCCUAAAAUGAACAGUUUCUACAGUGACGAACCCCCAGAUGAGGACCAUUUUGACGAAAAAGCAGAUUAUCCACGUGCCAGUAAAUACCAAACGUUGUGUUCGGUUUGUAACUGCUCUGCCUCAAAAUUCUGCGCCAGAUGCCACAGUCAGGCAUACUGUUCAAAGGAGCACCAAGUUGUGGACUGGAAGAAUGGACACAAACUCUACUGUGGAAAAGAUAUGCCAGAAAAAGAAAAACAGACUGCAUCCUCUAAAGUAUGUUUCCCAGAGUUUGAACUGCUCAUAGAAUCAGAAGAAUUCUCAGACAGUGACAAGGAGGACGAAAAAUCUGAAGAGGCAAAAUUAGAGGAAUACAGACAUUAUAUGGAAAGCAACCAAGAGGCAAUGUCUCACUAUGAUAGCAAAAGUGCUGCUAAGGAUUUGGAAAAAAUGGCAGGACAGGAGAGUGAAGAUUACAAACAGUUCAUGAAGUUCAAGAUGAGAAUUCAGCAGGAGCCAGACCAGGUGCUGCGCUAUGAUAGAGGAGGGUCACCUCUUUGGGUGUCAGUUCACAAUGUACCAGAACCCAGUGAUAUCCCUAAUUGCAGCUGUGGAAAACCAAGGCAGUUCGAAUUUCAGAUCCUGCCCCAGUUGCUGAACCACCUUGGAGCAGACACUGUGGACAGUAGCUUGGAUUGGGGAACUCUGGCCGUUUACACAUGUUCCGACAGUUGUGACUCUGAACUGGCUUAUAAACCCGAAUUUCUAUGGAAGCAAGACUUUGUGGAAGAUCAAAGCACCUAAAUUAUGUUAUCAGCCACUCAUAUUUAGUUAUUUACUGAAACUAAAACUGUGGUCUUAUUUUAAUCCAAACAUUCAUUUGAAGCAAGUCUGCAAACCAUAUUAGUUG